AUGGCCUGCGACAAACUCUCACCAUCGGACUGUUUAAAACGCAUCACCAACUCCCGCUCUCGAGCAGGCCACACGACCCGAGAACAUGAGAUGCCCACGAACCUCCCCGUCCCGACAAAGUCAACCACCAGUAUGAACUAUGAAUCACCACCUGCGCGCAAUUCUUCAAGGAAAACCCCCAGCAGAGACCGCCACGAGGAGCAUGCCUCCAACCAGGGUAGCAAAUUACCCAGACCAGCCUCUGUUGUGCGUGGCAACACUCCGCCAGAAGACGAUUCCAUGUCCGGGGAUUCAGCCCGCGGCGUCUCCAAAGCCAUAGACUCCCCGCAGCGUACCACGACAAUGGGAGGCCAAAACUUGGAACGAUACCCGUUAUCAACUCGAGUGCAGGAGAUAACGUGUACGAUAUGCAAAGUACUCGCUUCUAUCUGCGACGGGAAUAAACCUUGCGCCGGCUGUCUCUACUCAGGAAGAGGGCGUUGGUGUUCUUAUGCCACUGUGCCGCAACCUGUACCGACCACUCGGAUCAUUGCUCCAACCCCCGGCUCAUCGCCAGUCUACGUGGACGAUGGAACUUAG